GGGAGAACCAAUUACGUAAAGAUUUUUUGCCCGCACAGCCACCGGGCCACCGGUGCCGCAGUUCUUGCCAUCUUCGUCCGAGCUUGCACUCCUGCUCGUUUUUUCACUAGCUUUAGCCAUCGAAGCUGAAGACUACUAGACAAACCGGCCCCCAAGAACACGUGAAAAGUUUUCUGUGCAGCCCCUGGUGCUCCUGCAUCACUCCAGCACUUCUUCCAAAACAAUGGCGGACCACCACGACCCGGGCGGCGACGUCCUCGACCUGAAUCUCUACGGCGGUAAAAUCAGCCGGUUGUCCGCGCAGUUGCACGUGCCGCGCACGGCCGCCCAGAAGCUGAUGCAGCAACACCCGCAGUCGCGCUCCUCCAGAAGGAAAGCUAGCAUCCGCGGCGAAGUGUUCUCCGCCGGUGCUGGUGGAGCAUCAACGCAUCUGACCCACGGCGCCGACCCUAUCGUCAACGGCGUGGAGCUCAUGCACCGGAAGGAGCAAAGACCCUUCGGCGGCGCGCCGAACCUGCGCAACGGUGUUAGUAACGGACUACACCCUGCUCAUGCGCAAAACUCGACCAAUUCUUCCUCCUCUUCCCUCGGGAUAAGUUCCAGCAUGCGGAAACAGCUGCUUCGCGGAGGAUCCAGCGGGAACGGGGAACUGUUCAGCCAGGGGGCAACCGCGGCGCAACAUGUGGCGAUGAUAGGAGGUGCAGCUGGAAGCAGCAAUUGUAACUCUACGUCUUCACCGAGUCACAAUCUGUUGCACAACUUGCUCUCGGCAUCACCGCCAAGCGAUACGGGAUGAAAGACUUUUAAACACUCAAGGGGUGGAAUAAAAUUCGAUCGUGUUUUGUUUAUGCAAAGUCGACGGUUGUGCACGCAGCAAAAAGUUCGCUGUCCCAUAAGAUGUUUCGAACUUUACUACUUCUCGUUGAAACCUGUAUUUCACCUUGAUUGAUGAAAAUCUUUUCACCCCCAUACCCCCCGGACCGCACCAGGCGCCGUUUGGCUGGAGCCCGGUAGACGUCACUUCGGUAGACAACUCGCCGGAAAAACAACUCGCAUCAAAUUCGAAUUCACCGGGGAAACAAGACGGUGGAAUAAAUGCUGACCAUGACAUGCUGACAAGUGGAGCACCAAGUACAACAUCGGCAAGAGGACAAGGGGCAAACAAGAUGAACACUUCCCCGAACAACAUUCUUCUGAUGCCGCUCCCCCGGUCGCCGAAGCCCCGGUCGUUGCGCAGGAACCACAACAGCAGUAACAACCCGCCCAGCCAGAGCCAGCUCAUGAAUCCGCCAAUGGGUGGCGGGGCGGUGGUGUGUUCAAUGAGCGGGAACAGUGCGAGUAGCAGCUCGAGCAGUUCGUUUAGUUGUGCGCAUGACAGCGGGUUGAAAAUGAAAAGUUUGUCAUCGCCAAGUGGAGCAGUUACAACAAGUGCUGGCACUACUGGCACGACCACGACACCUUCUGCGGCGACGAGUAGUUACGUUCGGAUUAUCAGCGGGAAGACGAGUAUGGCAACUGCGGCAAGUGGUCCUCCGAGUGUCGCCGGCGAUAGCGGGCAAUUUCUGCAGGGGGAGCUGCAGCUGCAGGUCAACCCCGGAGGAACUGCAGCUGCGCAACACUUAAGCAAAAAGGUUGCACCGAACCCGCAGCUUGCGAUCGGUAAUAUCAACACGGCGGAGAACAGCAAAUCCGUUUCGCCGAUCGACCCGCCGUUUUCCGCGGGCCCGAUGCCCGGCAGUCCGAUAUCAUUUGUAAAAACGUCCCCACCCCAGAGUUGUAUGUAGUGAGGCCACCGAACGGUUCUAACCGGGGAGUUUUUUUGCCAGCCAGACAGCAAAACGGCCGUCAGUUUUCAAGCGGGCGGAAGUGUUUUUUGACAUAAAAAGUUUUUAAUUAUCAAGCGGCUCUGGCUGUGUCGGCACCGAAUCGCCAGCGGAUUCUAUCGAUCGCCGCUGGGUAAAACGACGCAGGGGAGCCGGCAAAAGGGGCGCCCUUCUGAGGCGCCCACCGCCUUGGUUUCUGGCGGUUUGGGGCGCCCAAAAAGCAGCGCGAAAAAAACGCGCCCAAAAUCAAAACAGCGAAACAGCAUGGCACGGCCGCGAUUUCGGAGCAUUUUGGGCGGCCGCGAAAGCGGCAGCCUUUUCGCCGGUUUCAGAGCCUGGGAAGCUUUACAAAAAGCGCCGGCGUGAAAAAUAGAAACGCGAAAAAGAAAAAGCGCCCCGGACGCGCAAAGCCAAUCCGCAUGCUAUGGGCCCGAUUUUCCUUCGCUUUUUGGGCGCCCCCCGUGGCGCCCGGAUCGGCUCCAUAGCAUGGGGGCUGGCUUUCGGGAAGGAAUUUCGGAGAUUUGCCAAAAUUUGCGACGUUUAUGGAGCGGCCGCCAUACCGUGCUGCCUAACGUUACUCACGGCGGUAUGGCGGCCCCAGAAACAGCAAAGCCGCGGCCAAGGCGACGCCCGGCAAGAAAACGCCCACGACCUCACUACCUCCGCCCCGGCGGCUAUAUUUGGUAAUGCAAAUCUCCAUGCUGAGAAUGUUUCUCAUGCGGAGACCCAUGAGAAGUGGUCUGUAUUGGUUUUUUGCAAUUUGUGAUGCGCACAUCCGCAUGGUAUGCGAGAUCUGUGAUGCUGCUUCACUAGCUAAACACUCCUACAUUGCGAAUCCAAAUUUGUCACGCGCAACAGCCGAAGCUGGUGGAUUUGUGUAGCACAUUUGCCAUCUUGACUCUGGGGUGGGGACGUUUUUGCUCACCAUAUCCGAGUCGGUCGAGUCACCUGCGAAGGCCGAACAGUGUGGCGGCGCUGGUUGCGGGAAUGGGUGCAGCGGUAUCUUCUUCGUCUGGUAGUGGAAGCAGUACUAAAAAUCACGCGGGGGCUGGCAAUAUUAGUGCGGGGCUUGCCGGCCCUGGUGGUAGCAAUCAGCAAAAUGUUGCCAAUCUGCCAAAGUCACCGCCAAAUAACUCCAGCGCAACUGCAGCAGGUUCGGUAGAGCCGCCCCAAAAUUCCGCCUCCCGCGAUUUCCUUCCGACCCAGCUGAACCCAAAUGCGAACCUCGUGAUUUUAAAAAGGGACAACUUCCUGCACUCCCCUGGUGGAGCGAGUUUGCCCAUCGGGCUCGACCACGUAGAAGGAGCAAAUGGCGGCUCAACCACGGCGGGAGCUGCUGCGAGGAUGUCAAGCGAUUUCUUGCCAUCCGCAACUGGUAAUUCUGCAACGCGACCUGGAUCCAGCGCCACGCCCGAGCAGCAAAAGAUGCUGAUCACGAAAGACACCGUGAAGGAGAUGAAUUCGAGCCAGACGAAAUUUCUGCAACCGAAAAUGAAUCCACAGCAAUCUCCCGGUACCACGCUCGCCAUGUCCCCGCUCCCCGCGGGGAUGUCUCCUUUACCGAUAUCCACGGAGAACGACAUGGUGGUUCUGUCCGCCGCAGCGUCACCGGUGCGCCCCAUGCAAAUGUUUCCCAGCAGUGGGGGGACGAACAGCAGUCUCGCGAGCCAACAGCUGGUUAAUCCCGGUUCCCCGUUGAAAGUGGAAAGGGACAACACGACGGUCGGACAGAAAUUUGCGAGUUUCGGUGGGGACAGAGACGCAUCAAACGAGGUGAGCAAAAAGCAGAUGCGGUUGUCGCCGUUGGUCAUGCACAGUGACGAUUUCAUCCGGGGCAAUAGCCAGAAUAACGUGGGGUACGGGCAACAAUUUCUGUUCAAUACAGAAGACCGAGAACCCGACGCGGUGUUGGUUGGCACGGGAAACAGUGCGAGCUCUAGUUCCAGAAGGGAUUACAACAGGAUCGGCGGAGGACAGCAAAACGUGAAAAACAUGAUCACUCGACAGCAGGUGGUGCCCCUACUCGGUCCGACACCACGAGGUCAUCAACAACAGCAGCAAAUGAACCAGCACGCGAGUCACGCCUCAAACCUCACCAGCGAAAAUGCGGCUCUGAAACUUCGGCAUGAGACGGCGAUUACGAAAAGCUCCCAUUCCAGCAGUACGAGCAUCUCCCUGCAAAAAUCAAAUUCGCUUUUGAAUACCGCUGUGGAAAAACUGUUGGCGGAAAGGAACAGCGGCGCAACAUCACAGCAGCAGCAGCAAGCCCAGUACAAUUCUCGGUCGUCCGUUGUGGCGGAGCGGUUGCGGACCAUUCCGCACCGGAAAACCUACGGGGCCACGACGCUCGGUCCGGGGAAUGUGGAUGCGGGCUCGGGGAAUGUGAAUGACGCCUCGGACACGGCGUCGACUGCAGCUGCGUCGGCGGUGCAGGAGGUAUAGCUUUUGACUUGGAUAAGAUGAAUUCAGCAUGUCGAUGAAAAAAGUAGAUAGAAAUGUAUGAUGAAAGUGCGUCGUGUAGUACACCGCGAUUGACGGAAUGGAGGAUCUGGAAGAUGCGCUUCGCGAGUGACCUAAGCGGCGGUGCUGCGCGAAGUAGUUAGCUUGAAGUGAUUCGCGAACGACUUGAGGCUUCCUUUAAGUGCUUCGCGAACGACUUAAGACUUCUUAAGUGCUUCGCGAACGACUUAAGAGCUCGGAACAAGUGCUUCGCGAAAGGUUUUAGGGCUCUUAAGUGCUUCGCGAACGACUUAAAUGCUCAGAAGUGCAGCUUCGCGAACGACGUAAGCCUAAGUGCUUCGCGAACGACUUAAGAGCUUAAGUGCUUCGCGAACGACUUAAGAGCUAAAGUGCUUCGCGAACGACUUAAGCGUAAGUGCUUCGCGAACGACUUAAGCCUAAGUGCUUCGCGAACGACUUAAGAGCUUAAGUGCUUCGCGAACGACUUAAGGGCUUAAGUGCUUCGCGAACGACUUAAGAGCUUAAGUGCUUCGCGAACGACUUAAGAGCUAAAAUGCUUCGCGAACGACUUAAGGUUAAGUGCUUCGCGAACGAGUUAAGGCCAAGUGCUUCGCGAACGACUUAGGCUAAGUACGACUUAGGGCAUCAGUAGUGCGUGUAUCACUUUUGGCCAAAGUGCUUCGCGCACUACUUAAGUCAAGACUUUGCCCUGGUUUCACGCGCGGCUUAGGUUGAUUCCACGAAAACAAGUUCUUUUCCCGAUGAAACUCCAAAACCCUAAAACACCAACAGCUCCCCCACCGUCUUUCUCGCCCGACGAGCGCCGCACGGCACUACCCGAUGCGCGUCGGCACAGCAGCAGAGGCCGCCGACCCGUCCCAUUCCCGCUUUUUGAAGAGCCGACAGGAGCAUAACUUAAACCGAGAGUCCACUACUGCCCAAGGGACGCGGGGCGGCCGGACCGCCUCGGGACAAAUCGACUACGUGAAGGCGUUUAAGGUUUCGGACGACGCGGCGGAGAGCUUAGUCCGGCCGCGGUUUUUUUCUUCCUCGAACGUCGCUACGCCGGUGAAUGAUAGCACUUCUGACCAACACAAGCUCGAUUUCAACAUCAAGCCGACAGAUCCAGCGGUAAGGAAAGUGAGAGCCAAAUACGCUGCAGAGCAGGAGCGGAAGAGGCGGAAAAGGUUUUGUGAUUACCUAUCGCAGAUGAAAUGGGGAGCAUCAAAUAGUAGUAAAACGGGCGAAAAUGCAGCAGCAGCUGCAUCGAAUGGUUUAUUCAAGACCGAGGUUUUCACCGAUACAGAAGAGCAAUUCGAAGAGCAAGACUUCACGAAAAACAACACGACGCCCCGGGGAUUGCUCGCCAGGCAGCUGAUGAAGGAAGCACAGUUGCGGAAGCAAAUGGGAAUCGUGACGGACGGAGGUGAUGAGAAUUUGGAACAGCAGGAACAAAUAUUAAACCCGGGUGGCGGAGCCUCCAAUUCCCGCCCGGACAGCAGAACCAGCUCCGUUUCUAACACGACGACAACGACGAAUGCUGGCGCUGUUGUUCCUGCCGCGGGUGAACAAGUUGUGAGCAACUAUCACCAAGUUCGAAAGUCCAACGGCGGGCCGACGACCACCGCUGCUGGGAUUGCAACGCUGAACAAAAAGACGAAGAAGGGCAGGAUCAUGGCGAACCGGCACCCGCAGUCGGACACGGUUUCCUUGCUCGAGUCCGCCUUUCCCCAGUUCCUCGGCCCCACGGUGUACUUUGAAUACCCGAACCAGAUGCAAUAUCCACGAGUCAUGGUGAAAUCUUCCGCGGUUUUGACAUCUUCAAGCUUGACGGAACAAGAACAUCAACAUCAGCAGCAAAAUAGUAAUCGGUUCAACACGGCUAUCACAGGAAAAAAGUGUGUAAGUGUAACUUUCUUUGGGAAACAGCAUCACAAAUUUGCUCUACAUGACAGAGAACACCUGUCAUGCGUGGCUUGUAAGGGAAAACACACAUGAAAAGAGGACUCCAUGGCUGUCUGGCAUGACAGGCGCAACUCUGUUGCAUGUUCUGCAACACAAAUUUACACUUACACAGUUUUUUUCUUGCAUAACGGCGGAUAGACUAGCGGAGAAGGCGAAGAACGCGAGGAUUUUCAAAAAUUAUGGAUUGUAAAAAUGUCUGGGUCUGGAAGAAUGGGAGGUCUGUCAUGCUCUGCCAGCAUGACCCCAAAGUCUGUCAUGCGCGUUACCCAAGAGCCCCACUUUUCUGUCAUGCAGAAAAGCGGUUUGUCAUGCAGUAGAAUAGGCAUAGCUAGCACCUAGAAGCUCAGAAAUUUGUCAUGCUGAGCCAGCACUUGUGGCCGCCUCAUGAUACGCCACCCAGCAUCACAAGUUUCCAGACAUCCAGGGAUAUUUGCAUUUGAUAAAAAUCUUAACGGGACGAAAAUCCCGACCAUGUACUGGCUGCACACGAACAAGGUAUGGAUUGCAAAAAUGUCUGGGUCUGGAAAGUUGUAAUGCUGACUUGUGAAUAGAGAACUCUCUUUAAUGCACAGCCAAGCAUGAGAAAUAAUAUGCGCGCUGCUUAGUGUUGCGAUUUCCGCAUGACAAGCUCCGUUUUGCAUGACAAGCAAAAGGGUUUCUUCUUGGACACGCAUACAUGCCGGACAAGCAAGACAGACCUUGCAUCCUUCCAGACCCAGACAUGUUUGCAUUCCAUACAAGGUACACGUGUACAAUUGUGUUUUGAAUUCCAUGAAGAAAGGGGGUUUGCAGUACUACGACAGCAAAAUUGAGUCGACUCACCCCCGGUACUCGUUAAUUUGGAACGGCCACUUCAAGCCGGAGAAGCUGCGGCAGAUGCACAGCUAUGCAAUGCAAAAGAAUCGCAGAAGUGUAAAUCGCAUGACAAAUCUCUUCAGGAAAAAAGCUGCAAUUUCUCAUGCGGAGUUUGGUAGGAACGCAGAUCUGUCAUGCAUAGUUGCGAUUGAAAUACUGAGUGCGAUGCUUUUGCAGUGCAUAACAGCCUGCAACGGACCAACCACUUCCCCUACUCCUGGUAUUUGGGUCGGAAAGACUUGAUGUGCCGGAACAUCAUGAGGAUGAAGCGGCAGUAUAUCAACGAGUUUGACAUCACACCGGAGACGUUUAUCCUUCCAGAGGACGGGAAGAAGUUUUUGGAAGUGUUGAAAUAUCCAAGAAAAAAAAUGUUUUAGUGUAAGUCUUUUGAUGGGAAAACAGCAUCACAAGUUGGUCUGCCAUGACAGGAAAAACUUGUUAUGCGCAGAUAGGAAGGGAAAACACACAGGAAGCAACCCGAUCAUGCAUGUUGAGCAUGACAAGUGUAACUGUUUUGCAUUUUCUGCAUCACAGAUUUACACUUACACAGUUCUUUUCUUGCAUAUGAAAGGAGGAAAUCCUAACAAGAACAGCUCGUCCUCCAGCAACGCGAAAAUCAAGUCCGACCUCUGGAUCUCGAAGCCGGUGAACUCCUCCUGCGGAAAAGGGAUCAAAUUGAUCGGGUCGCACAGCUAUGCAUUGCAAAAGUAUCCACUCUUAGUAAUCGCAGUCAUGCAUUACAAAUUUUCAUCCCGAGGUAAAACAGCAUCACAAAUUCCAGUCGUCAUGCUGAGCGAAUUUGUAAUGCGAUUACCACUAGUACGAUGCUUUUGCAGUGCAUAACAGCAACGGGCUGGAGAAGAUGGCGAAGCAGUACAGAGUGGUGCAGAAGUACGUGAAUCCGCCGCUGCUGAUCAAGGGCUACAAGUUUGAUUUGCGGAUUUACGUGGUGAUCACCAGCUUCGACCCCUUGAAGAUCUACUUGUUCCGGGAGGGAUUGGUGCGGUUCGCGACGGAAAAGUACUCGGCAGAAAGGAAAUCAGAUUUGCGGUCCAGAAAGGUGCAUCUGACAAACUACUCCGUGAACAAAAACGCGACAAAUUACAAAAAGAACAUGGAUGGAGGUAUUGAUACGGAUUUCGAUGUCGUGUUGCAGUGUUUCAUCGUUUAUUUCAUCUCAUGGCAAUAAAGGGUGCUAAGAAAUUACGUGAAGUUUUCAUUUUUUUCCCUUGAAAGCAUUACAAAAAUCUACUGCACUUCUAUCAGCCGCCCCCCGCACCAGCUCCACAUCGACCGCCACUUCCCCGCAAAAGCAGACGCGCGCGUCCACGCCUAGUGGCACCAUAAUUACCGCUGGUACAACAAGAGGCCAAGAACCGCAAGACCAGGACGAAGACAUUACGCUGGGCUCGGAGAACGAAGACGAGAACGACCCAACGGAACCGCCGGAAGAGCCCGGCGACCAGGAGGAUGUAGAUAUCGAAGACCAGGACUCCGAAAACGAAUCGUUUUGCGGGGAGGAAUAUCAACUGCAAAUACGUCUGGGCCUGGCAGGAUGCGAGGUUUGUCAUGCUUGUCUGGCAUGACUGAUGAACGUGUGAUGCGUGUCCAAGAAGAGAUCCUUUUGCUUGUCAUGCAAAAACGCAGCUUGUCAUGCGGAAACUGCAACACCAAGCAGCGCGCACUACUUCUCAUGCUUGGCUGUGCAUUUAACAGAGCAUUCACUAGUAUUCCCACCCCAGCAUUACAAGUUUCCAGGCUCAGACAUGUUUGCAAUGCAUAAGGAAGAAGAUUUGGAAAACGAAGGCCCGGAAUCGAAGUGGUCCCUGUCGCAGCUAGAAGAGUACUUCAACCAGCAGGGGUGGGUAUGCAUUGUAAAGGUAUUUUUCGCAGUCUGGCAUGACAAAAUCCGAUUUGCAAAGAAAAAUCAGCAUGACGGAGUUCAUAUUUGGUUUUGCGAAAGUUUGUCAUGCAAUUCAUACUAGUACGACUGCGAUUGUUUUGCAAUGCAUACUGGGAUUACGAAAAGUGUUUCUCGGAGGUCAAGGCUUUAGUCGUGAAAGCGGCCAUCGCGGUCGAGCCGAUUAUUGUUUCCACGCUGCACAGGAGUACGAAUCUGGACGAUGUGGUGGCGAACAGCGGAGGGGGUAAUGGUAAUAGUUCAGGGAACAAGGACGGAAGUUCUGGUUCGACAGUGGGGGACCAGAGCAACACAAGUCCGUGCUUCGAGAUCUACGGCUUCGACGUUUUGCUAGACGCGAACAGGAGGCCGUGGCUGCUGGAAGUAAACGUGUCGCCGUCGUUGUCAUCGAGUUCGCCAUUAGAUCGGAGAAUAAAGACCAUGCUGUUAGCAGACACGCUGACGCUGAUCGGUAUACAAAUUGUGACUUUUACUUAGUUUGUGUUUUGCGAAAUAAAUGGGAUAUGUUUGUUCUUGUUUGUAGAGGAGAUUAUGCAUGGUAAGUUUUUGCUGGCAAUUAAGUAAUCAAAAACCGUAUCACAGGUCUCCGCCCUUUCGACAGCGAGCAGAUCCAGAAGGAGCGCAAGCACGCGGCGAAAAAUCGGACCAGCAGAAAGCUCGCCAUAGCGACGUCCUCCGACAACUCUAGCGGCAACACCGCGUCCCACAGCAAGCACGACGGCGGAAAACCGAAGAAGCUGGGCCAAGGGCUGACGAAUCUCCUCCUUGGUCAGCUCCACGAGAAGGGACCGAAUUUUACGCCCUUUAUCCUGUGUAAAAACGUCCCCAUCCCAGAGUCAAGAUGGCAAUUCUGCAACGCAGAUCCAGAAGUUUUGGGAGUCACGCAUGACAAACUUUUCUCUGUACUGUAAUGCGGGCUAGCAAGGACGGCCGCAUCACAGCGCCAUCCUGGUAUCCUGUUUACCGCAUCACAAGUUCAAUAUACAGAAUUGAAAAUACCUGUCAUGGGGAAGCGCAUUACAAGUUUUCCUGCGAUUGCAAAUCUGCAUGACAACUCUGGGGUUGGGACGUUUUUGCUCAGUAUACCCUUCCUGCAACAGUUCCAGGAGCCGGAGUGGCGGCUGAUCCUAGUAUGCAUUGCAAAUUUGUCUGGGUCCUCUGGGAGGAUGCGAACUUGUCAUGCUCUGUCUGGAUCAUACAAAAAUUUGUGUUGCAUGACUACCACAAGCUGUGCAGUUUUGAACAAGUUUAAAGGCAGUUUGUCAUGCAGGAUAGGCAUCAUAGGAACGUCGCAGAACCUGUCACGCUAGGUCCUGCAUUCCAAACCUCAUGGGGCAUGGAAGAUAUGCAUGAGAAGUUUGCAUUCUUCCAGACCCAGACAUAUUUGCAUUUGAUACCUAGAGCACGUGGACGAAACCUACCGCAGUUCGGACCUGGAACCGCUUUAUGGAUUGUAAAAAUGUCUGGGUCUGGAAGGUUGCAACUUGUCAUGGUGAAUCUGAAGCAUGCGAAAAUCUGUGUUGCAUGAGUGCCAAAAGCUGUCCACUUUUGACCAAGUUGGAAGGGAGUUUCUCAUGCAGGAUAGGCAUGGCAGAGACCUCGCAGAGUCUGUCAUGCUGAGAGCCGCAUUCCAGACCUCAUGGGUCAUGGAAAAUCUGCAUGACAGGUCUACACUUUUCCAGACCCAGAUAUUUUUGCAUUUGAGACGCUUUUCCCCCGGUCCAAAGAGGUCGCGCUGCAGUUCUCGGAAUUCUUUCCGACGCCUCGGAUUUCCAACCGAAUCCUGGCGGUUUUUUACCUGUGCGGCGGGGAGAAGAUUCUGAAGUCGCGGAAGCUGCAGGAGCAACUGAAACUGGACUUUCUCUUGCAAAACAACAUCAUUUUGAACGCGGCGAAGAUUUGA